CGCCAGCUGCAUGAUGGUCUCUCCGCAACGCCACGCUCUAGGUCUAACGUGAUAUCAAGUUUGUGGCUUUGGAUUAGGGAUAAAGGUAAGUGGGGUAGGUAUUUUGUUUUCCGGAGGCUUUUCCCACCAGAAGUUGCUAUUUUCUUAGCACGCAAUUCCCUAGCUCUGCCAAUGGCGCCGGGUCUGCUUCCAUCGACCCCCAAACUCGCUAGUAUCCAAACGGUCGAUACACCUUCACCGGGCAAAUGGCGGCAUCCCCACCUCAAGGAGAUUGUACAAAGGCAGAAUGCAGCGAGAUUCGGUGACACAAAUGUUCGGAAGAUCGUGUGGAAUGGUGCAGUUUUGCUCGCCACAGGCUUUUUGGGGAAAUCUUUAAGGCAAUACAUACUUGCACUCGGUUCCUUUCUGUCCAUCACAACGUAUCCCAAUGUCAUACUCUUCGUAUUGCGAUUAUAUUUUCUUGCCAACAUUGCGACCGCACUAUACCCACUUUUUCGGCGCAAGGACGAUAUCACAGAUAUCCCGCUAACCCCUUCACAACGUGCGCUUCUUGGACUUAAACCCAACAGCACCCCUCCUACGACACCCGGAAGCUCUUACAUAACACCUCCUCGAUACCGGAUAUCUUCAGGUUCACGACGGCCUAGCCCGUUAUCCCCGAGCAGUUCUCCAUUAUCUGGCAGAGGCAGCUUGUCAGGUAGCCAGCUUUACGAGGGCUCUCUAUAUUCACCCUCCCCUAGCCCUUUGUUCCAAAGAGCAGUUGCCGGUGGGAACAGGGGUAUGAUGCGGCGUCACAGCUUUGGUUCUUCGUCGUCGUUCGGUCGGUCUUCAUUGCGAGAUUCAACCGCUCUGCGGACGCCAUCCACUCCUAGUCCUAAUGGUGGAAGGAAUGUCAAUGUACUCGCAAAUAAGUGGCUCUAUGAGAAAACGCGUGCCGUUUCUCCUGGUGGCAGCGUUUUUGGACGAUGAUAUUGGUUUAUUCUCUAAAUGUCUUGGCGUGAUUUAGCUCUGGUAGAAGAAAGGCGUUAUGGAAGCGGGAAGAAUUACUACUAUGUACGGAGUAUUACCUACCUUGAAAGGCUAACAAUCAAUUUAAUUCUUCAGCAACAU